AUGACUUUAGCAUAACUUUUUUUAAUACUAGAACAUCUGGACAUUAGAAUGCAGUUACAUUGUUGAGGUAUACAUUCAUAAUGAUAACUAUGGUUGGAUAACUGGCUAGCUUGGUAAGUACGUAAAGUAAACGACAGUCCGUCUUGUGUACAUCUAGCUACAGCCUAAUGUUGCUGUGUAAAGCCAAGUGGAACGUCGUGGGAGUUUGAGCACAUAUGUAGCAAAACCACAUGCACCUCUUCUGAACUGCCGAUCUGAGCAGCCGAAUUUACUGACAGUUUUACAGGCCAAUAAUAUUUUAACUGCCCAAUGUAAAGUAGCAGGGGGGUUCUGAAUGUAGUGCAGUAAACUGACAGAAGGGGUAUUUAGCCAGUGUUCUAUUAGCUAGUAAGGCUGCAAGAGAAUAUUUGUGGAUAACGUUUUCCACAUAGAUCGAGCCAAGCCCAUCUGGCUAGCUAGUUGCUUGGGGUGGAAAUGUAAUGUAAGAUAAAGUGGUUACAAAGCAUUACGAGUGGAAUGAAUUAGUCGCCUAGAAAGAGUUGGAUUUGGGCAGGAAAAAAGUUCCACAUCGGUAGUUACAUGUUAUAAAUGUCAAGGGAUUAUGUGCAAGGUGCUGCGAUAUCUACCAAAAUGUACAGCACGCAACAAAACAACUACAUACUAAGGUAGCUUGUAAACUACAACAAAAUCCUGAAUAUUAAACGUUCUCUAUCAAAUGUGAUUGUUUGCUUACACGUUAUGCGGAUAAGACCUGCAACUGCAACUCGGGCAAUUGCAGUUAGCCAGUUUCUGUAAUGACGUGUUAUAUGCACACGUAGAACAAAGAUAGCUAGCCAGCUUAUGUACGAACUAACAAGCUGUCAGUGGACCAUUGUGUGUAUCGGAGUGCACACUCAUCGAAUCUCAUCCUCGUUCUUCGCUGGCCACAGUAUAGCUAGCUAGAUUACCCAGAUAGGUUAUAAUGUCGAAAAGUAGCCGGAGGUACAAGACUGCUCCUGCCAGCAACGGCAGUACCCUUGCCGGUUGUGACCAGGUUCGGAUGCCUCGGCCCCGGGUGCUGCUAUGUUGCCUGUGCGGGGUCCUCACCGUGGCCAUACUGCUUGGGAUCUACAUGUCGAACGACGCAAGAAGCAACACGCGAAUUCACGUUGCAGACAUGCCUAAUGAUAAGUUAUCACACAGGCCCAGUAAGUUGUCCUCAACACAGGUGCGGCGGCUGGCCUCCCAGGUGGAUCGGGUGCGGCUGUGGGAAACUCACCUGCGGCCCAUCCUUAUCGAGAGGCUUCCAGACACCCAGGGCAGCCAGAUGGUGCGCCAGCACAUCUCCUCUCAGCUGGGGUCCCUGUCGGCCGAGUGGUCGGUGGAGAUUGACUCGUUCCUCUCCCCCACCCCGCGCGGGCUCGUCACUUUCUCCAACGUCCUGGCCGUCCUGGACCCCCUGGCCCCCCGCAGGCUUCUCCUGGCCUGCCACUAUGACUCUAAGGCCAUCCCGGCACCCGCCGGGUCCCCAGCGCAGGUAUUUCUGGGUGCCAGUGACUCGGCCGUCCCUUGCGCUAUGAUCCUGGAGCUGGUCACCGCCUUGGAUGUCCAGCUGAAAGCCCUCUCACAGCAGAAGUCCUCAGUGACUCUCCAGCUGGUCUUCUUUGAUGGUGAGGAGGCCUUUGAGGAGUGGACGGCCACGGAUUCGCUGUACGGCUCUCGUCAUCUGGCUGAACGUAUGUCCAGCACUCCCCAUCCUCCAGGGUCCCCUCACAGCACCCUCUUGCAGGCCGUGGACCUCUUUGUUCUGUUGGACUUGAUCGGCGCCGCUGACCCACUGUUCGUCAAUCACUUCGAUAACACCGCCCGCUGGUUCGACCGCCUCAUCGCUGCCGAGAAGAGACUGCACAGGCUGGGUCUGCUCUCGUCUCACCCCAAUGAGCAGAGCUACUUCAGGAAGGACCUGUACCUCGGCCCUGUGCAGGACGACCACAUUCCCUUCCUGCAGAAGGGAGUCCCAGUGCUCCACGUCAUCGCAACGCCAUUCCCGCCCUUCUGGCACACUCUGGAGGACACAGAGGACAGGAUGCACCCGCCCACUGUGGAGAACCUCACCAAGAUCCUGGCCGUCUUCCUGGCCGAGUACCUGGGGCUCUGAAGAACCCCCACCUCAGCCCAAACUAGCCACAUCCCUGUCAUUCACCGGAUCUCUCCUACAUCCCCUGACGGGACUUCCUCAGACAGGGAGGGGCCCCCUUCUACCCCGUGCAUUCACCAUACACCCACUGAGUCCCCAGCCCGCACGCAACCUCCCGCCAAUGCUUCUUCCCCAACGCCCACCCAGCUGUCACCUGAGCCAUCCGGACCUUGUGCUGUCGGAUUCUCCCGUCCCCAGGGUGAAGUCAGCAAGGGAGGGGCCCGUCUCAUGUGGCGUGACAGCCACUCAUUAUGAAGAGAGAGAGAGGACACCGAGACUAGACAAGGCACCCCUGUCAGGUUGCCAGAUCAGCCCAGAUUUCCCCUCAGAACGAGUUUCUUGUCGUACACAUUACUGUUGACACUGGCAGCUCAAAAGAGACACACCUUGGUUUGUUAGAAACUGAGGACCAUCCCUCUAUGUAUUGGAAAAUGAACAAAAACUGACUUUGAGCCAUCACCAGUUUCUGUGAUACAUCUCUCUUCAGUGGACUGCACAGAAACACUCAAGAAACUAACUGUUGUACAUACAUGUCAAAGACAGACAUUUUAUAGGCAUCAGCAUUUCGACCAGGCCAGUUUGGUUGUUACUGUCUUGGAGGUGUGGAAGAAGUCACAGCAAAAUUGCAGUUGACCAUUAACUGAAGGGGUCCAGCAGCACUUCAGUGAUUUUACUUUCCACUGGAGUGGGAAAAAUCAUUUUGAAAAAUGGAAAGAAUGUCUGGACUCUUAUACUUUUUGUACCUGAUAAUCAUGAUCAUUAGUCGGUGAUUUAAAAAAAAAUG